UUGCGCAUCAUGAUGGGGUCACAUGCUGUAUUUAUACACACACGCACAGGCACCUGGCUCCCCGCGGCUGUGAUGGCGUAGUCCUGAGACGCAAACACUGACGCCGUGCCCAAAGCCAAUUUUUGUGAAAGCAAAUCAAGGAGUGUGAGAGAUGAUUCUCGCUGAUUGCUGAUGUGACUACGCUUGCCGCAAACAGGGAGUACGCAGAGAUUCUGCCGAAGCAUGCGCGAGGGGACUGAGCGAACCCACUUCUGACCACAACGCCACCUCGACACGCUCACUUUCCCAUUUCCGAUCCGACGACGAAGCAUGCUCGCGUGCAGGCAGCUGCAGCGUAGCCCAGUCUGCCAUGGCUGCCGUUCCAUAUCCCGACCCUGCUGCACUACUGUAGGCGCGGUCUCGUUCCUCCAAGCGGGCCUACCCGGGGGGGGGGGGGGGGGGGGCUGGAGGUUCAUCAGCGUCAGGGACCCUGCUGCAACGGGAGCAGGCUUUCAGCCCUCGCAAGCUCCAAAAAGAUGCGCGCUUUAUUCUUUCAAGACAAGACUAGCGUGCUUACUUGAGGCAGGUCCACCUGCCCGAGGAGCCAGUGGGCAGGCAAACGAUCAGCAGAGCUUGCUCAAUCCCCUAUAUAGCCCGCAAGUGCCUGCAUCCCUUAGCGCCGUCAGGGAGCUGCGGGUGGUCUGGACCUGCUGCAAGCGGGCAAAACAUCCACAGCCAUUCACAAUUUGCCUCCGCACAGUCGAAGAAGAAAAUAAUGAGACCAUGAGCGAGCUGUACCUCGGAACAUUGGGCACAACGGACAUGAGACAUGAGCGCGGGGUAGCCGACGUCCGGAGAUGACACCUUCUACAGGCACAGAAAUGAGGUACGAGUGGCUAGGAACGUACACC